GACUACUUGUUUCGUCAAAACGCAGCCAGAGAUAGUUUUAGAGACGUAGCGAGACCUCUAGGAGCUUUUCUUUUUUCCCCUCCAUGCUCUCCAAAGUUUAGAAACUAAUUUAUCUACCGGAGGAAAGCAUCGUUUUCCUACAUUUAUUAAUUUAAAGUCAGCUUUGUCUUCUUUUUCGUAGAACAUCUUUCGGUUUUGGAACAAAACCAUCCGUAGAGAGAGGAUCCACGAGUCUAACUUUGAUAAUUUCUGCUGAUGGAGCUGCUCUGACAUUGUUUGAAGCUGUAAGUGAAAGUGGGAAAGUCGUCGAACGUCCCGCCUCAGAACGUCGCACAGAUGUUUUCAUUGGGUCAGGAAAACUUCUCCUCCACUGCUUCCACCAAAGGACCAGUCCGAUAUGGAGAGCUCAUCGUGCUGGGGUGUAACGGCUCUUUGCCGUCUGAGAAGGGGAGGAGAAAAAGCCGCUUUUCUCUGUGUCGCAGAAACAAGGCGAAUGGAGUGAAACCCAGCACCGUUCACACAUCCUGCACGCCUCAGGCCGCCAAGGCUGUCAGCAACAAGGAGCAGCACAGCAUAUCCUACACGCUGUCUAGGGCGCAGACCGUAGUGGUGGAGUACACCCAUGACAGCGACACAGACAUGUUUCAGAUUGGCCGUUCCACAGAGAGCCCCAUCGACUUUGUGGUCACCGACACGGUUCCUGCUGGCCAGAGCGUCGCCGAUGGUCAGACCAUUCAGAGCACCAUCUCCCGCUUCGCCUGUCGCAUCAUCUGCCAAAGGCACCCGCCUUACUCUGCGCGAAUCUACGCCGCCGGCUUCGACUCCUCCAAAAACAUCUUCCUCGGGGAGAAGGCAGCCAAAUGGAGAAUGCAAGAUGGUCAGAUGGACGGACUGACCACAAACGGCGUUCUGGUGAUGCAUCCGCAGCAGGGUUUCACCAAGGGCUCCAGACCUGGUGUGUGGAGGGAAAUCUCUGUCUGCGGAAACGUCUUCAUGCUGCGAGAAACCAGGUCUGCUCAGCAGAGAGGCAAAAUGGUUGUUUCUGAGUACAACGAGCUUGUGGACGGCUCCUUGAUCGACCUCUGUGGGGCCACCCUCCUGUGGCGUACGGCAGAGGGCCUCGCUCGCACCCCCACCGUCAAACACCUGGAGGCGCUGCGGCAGGAUUUCAACGCUGGGCGGCCGCAGUGCCCGGUGGGCUUCAACACCCUGGCCUUCCCCAGCCUGCGCCGAAAGGACGUCUUGGAUGAGAAGCAGCCGUGGGCGUACCUGCGCUGUGGCCAUGUCCACGGCUACCACUGCUGGGGAGGGCGGCGGGAUCCCGAGGUGGAAGCGGAGUGCCAGGAGAGGGAGUGUCCCAUGUGUCGAGCUCCGGGACCCUACGUGCCGCUGUGGCUGGGCUGUGAGCCGGCCUUCUACGUGGACGCCGAGCCUCCCACCCACGCAUUCGUCCCCUGUGGGCACGUCUGCUCGGAGAAGACGACGGCGUACUGGAGUCAGAUCUCGCUGCCGCACGGCACCCACGCCUUCCACGCCGCCUGCCCGUUCUGCAUCCAUCCUCUCAGCGGAGAGACCGGCUUUGUCAGACUCAUCUUCCAGAGCCCACUGGACUAGACGCCCCUUUGACCUCUGUUUGAAGACGGAGGGGAACAGUUUAUAAAACUGAAACUGACUUCAUUAAACACAAAGUGCAUUUAUUGGGUAAAUUCCAGUUACUGUUUUAAAAAUUAAAUGUGUGUCUGCCAGCAAUCUCCUCUAGAGGUGGUUUUAUCUCAUGGAGCAGCUUCAGAAAAACUCUGGGAAGGUGGUGAAAAGCUUAAGUUGCCUUAUUCUAUUUAUUCUUUAGUGGGUUUUUCUAAAGCAGAGAUUAACUGCAGUAGCACUCAGGUGUGACCUUAGAGCUAACCUCAAGUUUUCCUAUUAAAACACUGGAUUAAAAAAAAAACUCUGGGAAUCUUUUAUUUUUACUUUAAAAACAAGCAAGUCCUUCUUUGUCUUGAGAAAUUAUAUUUUGAACUUAAUGCAAGCAAAUGUACAUGUGGGAAACUUAAAAACCUGGAUCCUGUGACCUUUAUAGCAGCAAUUUUUUUUUUUUUUAUAAACAAAAAUCUUUAAUUCAGACACUGUAAAACUACACUUUUACAUAAUGUGAGCAAUAAGGUUUUACCAAACCAUUGUUGAAAUUAUAUGCAACAUUUAUCUCUGCAGCGCCACCAUGUGGCUGAAUUUACCACUUUUUGAAUGUAAGAGAUAACUUUAAAUAUCUGCUUUAUCUACUCCUAAGAAAAUGUUUUAUUUAGCUUUUUAAUGCUUUUCUAUAUCUAUCUUAUCUGUUUUCUUUUAAAAGUUAGUUUACAGGCUUUUUGGGAAAACAUGUUUUUAUUCUGAAUAAUCUGUUACCACUCUAAUGACUAAUGUUUUGUCAUUAUAGAUGUUUGGUCACCGUUGUUCUUAUUGGGUUCUUUUGACUGUUUUUGUACUGUCCAAAAUAAUAAAGACUCUGAUGCUCUUUA